CGCGUCCCCCGCCACGCGUGAGAGAAUCGAUAGGCUUCACUGUAGAGUCCAGGGAUUACGCGUCACAUAACUGCAGUAGACUACAGCCUCCUCGUUCUCACUGGUACCAUCAUCACAUACCGCGCUGCUGAUCAUUUAAGCAGGAGAACUAGUGUCUGCCAAAUUUAGCAUUUUUAUUUUAUGUAAGCUACCCGAGGGGAAUGAGUCCUCCGUUUGCGGUUCUUGCGGUGUUGGCCGCUUGCCUUUGCGGUGUGCCUCUGCUGGUGGUUUGUAGUGACCAUCUAAAUUACAGACCCAUCAUCGGUGUCCUGGCCCAGGAGAACAUAGUAGGAGACCCUCAUGCUCAGGGAUCCUCCUACAUCGCUGCUUCCUAUGUGAAGUACCUGGAGAGUGCCGGAGCCCGAGUUGUUCCCAUAAGAAUACACCAAACAGAUGAAGAAUAUGAGAAGAUAUUUCACUCCAUAAACGGGUUGCUGCUACCAGGAGGGGACGUUGAUCUGGAGACGUCCCAGUUCAGUCGAUUGUCAAAGAUCUUCUACGAUCUGGCCAUCAAGGCCAACGAUGCGUCCGAGUACUUCCCUAUUUGGGGUACGUGCCAAGGUCUUCAGCAGAUGACCGUACUGACCAGCAACAAGAACCUCCUGACUCUAACAGACACCAAGGCUGUGGCCCUGCCUCUCACAUUCACCCCAGCUUCACAGAACAGCCGUCUGUUCAAGACCUUCCCCGGUAGCCUGCUACAGUCUCUGUCAGAGGACAACAUCACCUCCAACUUCCACAGCUGGAGUCUGUCGCUACAGAACUACAGCCGGAAUGUCAAACUGAAACGUUUCUACAAGAUUCUGACCACCAACACAGACGGCAGGAGAGAGUUCGUUUCUACCAUGGAAGCAUACCACUAUCCAUUCUACGCUGUCCAGUGGCACCCUGAGAAGAGUCCCUUUGAGUGGGUAGAUAAACCAGGCAUGGUCCACUCUGCUGCCUCCGUCAGAGCAUCCUUCUACACAGCACACUUCUUUGUCUCCGAGGCCAUGAAGAAUCAUCACGCGUUCUCUUCAACCAGUGAGGAGGAGAGGGCUCUCAUCUACAACUAUUCUCCUGUAUUCACAGGUCUAGAUGGUAUAUUUGUGCAAAAUUAUUACUUUGAUUAGAUUUAACAAGUGAUUAUAGUCUCUUUAAACUGCAUUUGUAUUUGAGCUCUGAUUAGCUGUAAAAAAAAAAAAAAAAAAAAAAAAUGUUUUGAUCAGUGACGAUU